AGGGCGAGGCUCUGCGCAUGCUCCGUGGAGUUCCUUUAUGGGGAAGAGGCUCAGAGCGGUCCCUCCCUCCUGUCUGACUCCGUCUGGGAAGGAGAGGUUCGGCGCAUCGGCGUAGACCGGGAGGCGGUUUGGGGACAUAUAUUUUUAUUUUAUUUUAUUUUGAAACACGGUUUAGCAGCAGUGAGCCUCUUCAUCACCAUCCUCGUCAUCAUCAUCCGUCGAUCCUGCAGUGACAGCGUCCAGGGCGCAGCGCGGCACCGGAAAACAUGUCUGGCUACCAGGGCAAGAAGAACAUUCCCCGCAUCACUAGCGACCGUCUCCUGAUUAAAGGAGCCAAGAUCGUGAACGAUGACCAGUCCUUCUGCGCCGACAUCUACAUGGAGGACGGAGUCAUCAAACAAAUUGGGGAGAACCUCAUCGUUCCCGGCGGGGUGAAAACCAUCGACGCUCACGGCCGCAUGCUGAUGCCCGGCGGCAUCGAUGUGCACACGCGCUUCCAGAUGCCCGACCGGGGCAUGAUCGCCGCCGACGACUUCUACCAAGGAACCAAGGCGGCGCUGGCUGGUGGCACCACCAUGAUCCUGGACCAUGUGGUACCGGAGCCUGGGGUCAGCCUCCUCUCGGCCUUCGAGCAGUGGCGGGAGUGGGCUGACAGCAAGUCGUGCUGCGACUACUCGCUGCAUGUCGACCUCACCGAGUGGCACAAGGGCAUCCAGGAGGAAAUGGAGACGCUAGUGAAGGAUCACGGAGUCAACUCGUUCCUCGUCUACCUGGCUUAUAAGGACAUUUUCCAGCUCACUGAUGCUCAGGUGUAUGAGGUGUUCAGUGUGAUCCGGGAUCUGGGAGCCAUCGCUCAGGUUCACGCUGAGAACGGAGACAUCGUCGCUGAGGAGCAACGCCGCAUCCUGGAGCAAGGCAUCACUGGGCCUGAAGGGCACGUGUUGAGUCACCCCGAGGAGGUGGAGGCGGAAGCUGUAAACCGUUCGGUGACGGUGGCCAAUCAGACGAACUGCCCCCUCUAUGUCACCAAGGUGAUGAGCAAGAGCGCUGCUGAUGUCAUUGCUCAGGCGAGGAAGAAGGGCACUGUGGUCUAUGGAGAACCAAUAACUGCCAGCCUGGGAACAGACGGUUCCCACUACUGGAGCAAAAACUGGGCCAAGGCGGCGGCCUAUGUCACCUCCCCGCCUCUGAGCCCCGACCCCACCACCCCUGACUACCUGAACUCCCUGCUGUCAUGCGGUGACCUGCAGGUGACGGGAAGCGCGCACUGUCCCUUCAACACGUCUCAGCGCGCCGUUGGUAAGGACGACUUCACCUUGAUUCCUGAAGGCGUCAAUGGUACGGAGGAGCGGAUGUCUGUCAUCUGGGACAAGUGUGUGGUUACUGGGAAGAUGGACGAGAACCAGUUUGUGGCUGUGACCAGCACCAACGCUGCCAAGAUCUUCAACCUGUACCCCCGUAAGGGCCGCAUCGCCGUGGGCUCAGAUGCCGACCUGGUGCUGUGGGACCCGGAUGUUACAAAGAUCAUCUCCGCCAAGAGCCACCACUCCACUGUGGAGUACAACAUCUUUGAGGGCACGGAGGUGCGCGGCGGGCCUCUGGUGGUCAUCAGCCAGGGAAAGAUCGUCUUGGAAGAAGGGAACCUUCACGUCACUGAAGGUUCCGGACGCUUUGUGACCCGCAAACCUUUCCCUGACUACGUCUACAAGAGGAUAAAGGCUCGCAGCAGGCUGGCUGAGUUGAGGGGUGUACCUCGAGGACUCUACGAUGGUCCAGUCUGUGAGGUGUCGGUCACUCCUAAAGCAAUGACUCCUGUGUCCUCUGCCAAGACCUCACCUGCCAAGCAGCCCAGCCAGCCGGUCCGUAACCUGCACCAGUCUGGUUUCAGUCUAUCCGGUGCUCAGGUUGACGACAACAUCCCUCGCCGAAACACUCAGCGCAUCGUGGCGCCUCCAGGCGGCAGGGCCAACAUCACCAGCUUGGGUUAGAGCUCCGCCCCCCCUGUGCAGAGGAGGGGGAGCAGAUUUGUGGAGGAGUGGCCUUCAGCAGCUUUGAGGGGGGGCUAAGUCUCAACACUAAACCCUUCACGGCCCCUGAGCGAGUCAUCCUUCAGCCUCAGCAACUCUGACAUUCGUCCUUUGCGUUUUUUUCCUGCACAUAUUCACAAUCCCUGUCCAAAUAAAACCUGAUGCUAAGGGACACAGUUAGAUGCACACUCAGAAAAAAAGAAAAAAAAUGCCUGCCUUGUCUGAUAGUAUAAAGAGAAAAUAUUUCAGCACUUUUGACACCAUUACUUUAAAAAAUGUUUUAUUUUAAUCUCCUCCUGCCACGCAUCCUUCUGAUGUUUGCAUUAACACUGUAAAAAGAAAGUUCCUGCAGGAGGUCCAUUGUAUUUCCAUUCCUCUUUAUUCUGCAAGAAACAGAAAAAAGCAAAGGUACAAAACCAGGACUGAUAUGGUAGUUUAGAAAACACCAACAGUUUUGCAGUUGAGUAAAAGCUAGUAAAAUGCUGUCAGGACUGCCUUAAGAUUUAACAAAUGAAAGAUCUUUAUUUGCAUUUAAAACUUCUUCAUGUUUGUUAUGGAUUAAUUAGCUUGAAAAUAAUUUACGCUUAAUUUCUCAAUUUAAUUUAGCAGAAUAUAUGUGGAAGAUAUGGUAAAGGAACAUUUUGAUUUGUUAGCCGUAUUUUAUGAGGAAUUUGGAAAAUCACACAACAAAAAAGAAAAGAGAAGUUUUAGCGUCAUGUGUCUUCAUUAUGAAAACCUUCUAACCUCAAAAAACAAUUUCUGUGAUGCUGUUUUAUUAAAAAAUCCAUGAAAUUGACAUGUUGCCAACAUUAUGUGUUAGCUAAACCUCACAUAAAAAGGUUAGCAUUAGCCCUUUGCUUCUGUGAGUAGACUAGCUUAGCAGCAGGGUUUGAAAACAGCUAACAGUUCCAAUAAUACAUUCCUAAAACUUCACAGUACUUUUUCUCCACUUUUUUAUUCUUUAGAAUUAAAAAAAUUCAGUUAUUUCUGACAUCCAUCAAUGCUAACUUUGGUGUAAGAAAAUAAUUUAAAUAAAAAGAAUUUGUUUGCGUAUUAAAUCAUGAUUGAAAGCUAACAAUAGAGGGCAUCUUAAUAAAGGGAUUGAAAAUUUAAACUAAUUCACCAUAAUAAAACUACAAAUUAGCAUGCUUGCUAAAUAUUGAUAGUAAAACAAUUAAAGGGUUUUAACUGGAUGUUUUAAGACACCCAACAAAAGAAAAAAAAGAUUCCAAAAGGCAUGCUAACAGCAUUUGUUUUUGUUAUAGCAUUAGCAUUUGUUACUUGUUUAAUUGCUGCUUCUAGAAACUUCCAGCACUUCUGGUUGAAUCAGACAUUUAAUUUUCCCUAAUUAAACUUUUCUAAACAUAAACUGCAGCUAAAGAGGGAAUAUUUGAAAUGCUACAGCAUCAACAUUGUGUGUUAUUACUGUGAGGCAAAUAUUUUUUAUCAUAUAUAUCACCACAUCCUUUUUUCCAUUUUUCUUGAUCUUCAUUGUUCUGUAGAGCAGAGAUAACAUUUCCAAAGCCAUCGGAUGGCAGUCUAUCACCGCACAGUGCAUUUAGAAACACAACCUUGUUUUUCUCUCACAAACAUGACUGUUUUACGCUCAUCGACGUCCGCCUUUGCUUUCUACUAUUUAAUGUGCCUGAACCUACAGGAGCUGUACGCAGCUGUUAUUCUAACUUUGUUAUUCUUUUAAGGGUAAGUGAAGGUUGUAAGAUAAAAAAAAAGUUGUAAAAUAGCCAGGAUUAACCGAUUCAAAGGUGCCAGAUGUUGCGCUUUCGUAGGGCCUGCACUGCAGUUAAAGCCCGUGUAAAGACGAAAAAUGCUCAGUAUCUUGAAAUGUUCUAAUAUUUGAGUUUUUACCUUGAUGUCAAACUGCUUUUUAGUGUCAUUCUGUAAUUAGACGCCUAAGGGCUGAGCACUAUUCAUUUAUGCUUGAAAGUAGACAUGAGCUAUUGUACUCUUUGACUCGUGUGCAGUGUUGGUGUGUGAGGGAUGGGACAGCAGGCUCCUGCACAACACUUGUGUUGGAUCUCAGAUUACACCUGUUUUUUUUUUCUUUUUUGGUUAGU